GCCUGGCUCGGCGCUCCACUCUGUACCCUGUGACUUGACAACCGGAAAACCCCGGAAGCCAGGGGAGCUUCGGUCAUAGGCGCAGCAGCUGCCAGGGGAGAGGAUCGUCGCCAUGUCUACGGCUAUGAACUUCGGGGCUAAAAGCUUCAAGCCGAGGCCACCAGACAAAGGCUCUUUCCCUUUGGAUCAUUUCGGUGAAUGUACAGCAUUCAAAGAAAAAUUCAUGAAGUGUCUGAAGGAAAAUAGGUUUGAGAAUGCUUUGUGCAGACAGGAAUCAAAAGAAUAUUUAGAAUGCAGAAUGGAGAGGCAACUUAUGUCCAAAGAACCGCUGGAAAAGUUGGGAUUUAAAGACCUAAUAGAAGAGAAAUCAGAAACCCAACCUAAGACAUUGUAAUGAAGAGAAAGGAAAAGGGAGAAAAUCCUGACCAUCUCUUAUGGAAAGCAGCAAAUCUGCAGUAGUACAUAUUGUACAUUGUAUAUUUCAAAUGUGAUUGCAACAUGAAGUGCACCUUCAAAGAAAAUGCUGUAACUGUUGGCCAAAUAGAAGAGUUACAGUGCAAUCCUAUAUGCUGUCUACUCAACAAUAAGUCUCAUUGAGUUUAAUGGGGCUUACUCUCAAAUAAGGGGAUAGGAUUACUGCAAUCCUAUCACCAAUUUAUUGGGAGUAAGCCCCAGUGAACUCAGUGAGAAGUACUUCUGAGUAGACAUGUGCUGUUUGUGUGUGGAAGGAAGACUUCUUUACAAUUCAAAUCUGCAGUCCAAGUUUCUGGAUCUCUUUGUUUUGGAGACUGUGACAUACAGAUACUGCACACUCCUUGGAUCUAGCCAGCACAGAUAUGCUUGUACUACCCUUGUAUAGGGGACCAGAUUGCCUUGUCACAGGUGGCUUUACAAACAUGGCUUAGUGGUAAAAUCUAGUCAUUCAGGAUAUUCAGCUGUUGUGCAUUUCAGAGAAAUGCUUCCCAGGAUCUUAAGUAUACUUGCUUAGAAAUAAGGUGUGCUGAAAUUAUUCAGUAGGAUUUGCAUUCAAGUGAAAGGUGUCUAGGAUAGGCAUGUAAAUAAAUGGUAGUUUUUGAAUCAUAUUAUUUCUUAUGAAAAUGUUUUACUCCCAAACGCAGCCUUCCUCUCUGCUGCCUGUAGCUCUUUCAGUUACAAAAAUAUUUCACAUUAGAGCUGACACUAUUUCACUGUCCUUUUGUUCAAGACUUCAGUAUUUCAGCAACAGAGACUUUAUUCAAUAAAAUGGAACUGCAUUGUCCUUUU